UCUCACUUUUUUUUUUUAUUAUAAAGGUUCUCACCUCACGUUGUUCAUUUUGCUCUAAGAACCCAAACAAUGGCCUCUGCAGACAAACCCAUAAACACAGACGUCCCUGAAAAGGAUGUCUUUGCCCUCCACUUCCUUCAAUCCCUCUCAAAUCUCAGAAGACAAAACGCUUUCAAUUCUCCUGACGACACAACAAACAACCGUGUGAAGAAGAUCAAGAAGGCUGCAUACGUAUCCAUGGCCAGAGCAGCCGGAGGGACUAAUCGGCUGUGGAGCAGAGCCCUCUUGCGCCGAGCCGCCAAAGAGAACAACAAAGUCGUAAUAUUUUCUAGAAGGAAGAAGAGGGUGACGUGGCUGAGGAGGAGUAACCGGAGAGAUCCCGUGGAUGCGGAGAGGCUGAGGAAUCUUCUACCGGGAGGCGGAGCAAUGGAGACAUCAAAGCUGAUGGAAGAGACGGCUCAUUACAUCAAGUGCCUUAGUAUGCAGGUCAAGGUUAUGCAGUGUCUCGUUGACGGCUUAUCUGCCAAAUGAUGAUCAUCAUCAAUGAUGCAUAUAAUAUUUGGCUUAUCUCCAAAAUACAUAGUAUUGGAAUUGGGUGAUCAUGACGCAUAUAUAUGUGUACAUAUAUUCUUAUAUGUUAUAUAUACAUACGUGUAAGAUAGGAUAUAUACAUACGAAAUGUGUGGAUAUGUUUUAGUUAAGUAAAGAAAGAAUUUUCUUCUUUUAGUUUUCUUUUCUUUAAUUUUGAUAAUAAGGAAUUUUAUAUAUAUAUCUAUCAUGAUAUUGCUUUCUUGUAUUAAAAUAUUAUAAACAUUAGGGUUUGGGAA